AUGAAACCUGAUAGUCAAUUGCUUUUUCUUGACCAUCAUAUUUGCAAUGCACGGAUUGUAUACAUUAAACACGAAUCCGUAUUCUUCCAGCGAUGCUCUCAGAUUUCAUGGCGCAAGGAGCUCUUGACUGUUCAAGUGAAGAAAUCUAAGAAGAAACAAUGGACAUCGCGCAAGGCUAGGGAUCGCUUUUUGAGGUUACGGCGGAUGAAGCAACGAGAGGAGGCGAGACGCCGCCGCUGCGCCCAGUCAAAAGGAUCGACCGGUGGUUUGCAAGCUAUUAAAGUUGAGGAGCAGUUACCUACCGGACAAGUGGAUCUGCGAACUCUCACCGACCGGAGACAAGUUGAGCAAGGGUGCAUGCAGGAAAAUCGCACAAGGUAUGAUCAGACUCGAUCGCCCUAUAAGACUCCUCCCAUGGAAGAACCCUUGUAUCCAAUGUUCACAGGGGCAGAAGCAGAGAGGAACUCCUAUGCACUUCUGAAGGGCCGCCUUCCCCUGCCGGAUGGGAUUGAUUCUUACACUCAGUCAUUCCUGGAGCAGUGCCGUUUCCAUCAAGGGCACUCUAUGAUCCUGAUGGAAGUGUCGCCUGAUGAUCAUACUUACUUCUGGUCUCGUAAUCCAGAGAAUAAGGGCUCAGAACCGCAUGGGCUACAUAACGGUCAUUUCAAGGCUGGGAUUUAUUCCCCUAUGGUGGCUCAAUGCGACGCUCUCUUCCGCCACAUACCCUUGACAACUGGGUUUGUCCCUGACAACUGGCGGCAUCUGAUGAAUUUUGCCAUUGAAAAGAAGCCGGGCAAUUUUUGGUUGACAAAAAUGCGUACAAUUCAGCUCAUGAAUUCUGAAUCCCAAGCAAACUACAAGAAACUGGGCCGCCUGGCCAUGGCCUACAGCGAAGAACAUCACCUCUUGGCCGAUGGACAGUGCGGGUCUAGAAAACACCAUCAAGCGAUCAAUCGUGCCCUGUCUAAACGCCUUGUGUGGAAACCUUCUGAUUCUCCAGCGCCGCUCUGCAGGUUGGAUUUCAAAUGA